GGAGUUUGUUUACGCCGCCGAAGUUGACAGCUCCGUUGGUGUGGGACGCCAGGCCGCGGACUUAGCCUCGCCGAGACCAGCCCAAGGCCACAAUAAAGGAGAAAGUGUGUAAGGCUGUAAUGCACUGAGGAGGACCAUGGAGUCCACCGACCACUCGGCAGAAGCAGACCCUUUGAAAAGCGGAGAGGAUGGCACCGCACCAUCGCCGGGGAUGCUGAAGAAGAAGAGCUGCAGGGAGAGUUUGGGUUUGGCUAAGCUGUCCCACUGGCGGACCGCCAUCUUCUUCCUCUCCUUGUUCCUCUGCCUCACCAUCGUGUUCGCUUUCUCAUUCGUCAUCCCCUGCCCAGUCAGACCUCAGUAUCUCAGCACCUGGAACAGGACUUUUCCCCAGGCCGACACCUAUGAUUUCUUGGCAAUUGAAGAUGCAAGCAGAGACAAAGUAAUGGACGUCAUAUUUGUCCUCAAAGACAAAGAAGGCAGUCAGAAUAAUACAUGUGAUUCUGCUGACCUGCCCACUCCAUGUGUGUUUGUGGUGGCUCUGGCAGGAACAGAUGGACAGACAUUGUGGGAGCGCCGGUUGGCCCCCGAGUACCAUUGGGCCCAGUGCAGUAUAGAUGAAGGGACAGACAAGGACUGGGGCUGUCUCCUGUCCCACUCUGACCAGCUCACAGCCAUUGACAAGUACACUGGUGAAGUCAAGUGGAAGCAGCCUCAGCCUCCCGGUCUAAGCAAGAGCCUUCCUGCCCUCAGCGUCCCAGAUUUGGAUGGGGACAAAGUCCAUGAAGUGGCUCUGGUGGCACGUGAUACCACACAGCUGGUAUUCCUCUCAGGAAAGACGGGGUUCCAGGUUGGAUCUGAGGUUGUUCUCGACUCAGCUGAGACGACCGGACUUCUCCUUCACACUACUGCCAAAAAUUCUCACUACGUACUGUUUCGGAGAGACACUGGCUUGUAUGGACUUGCUCUGCAGAAGAUCGCUGCCAAAGCAGGUGUAGAGGCCAGUCUUAGCGAAGACAAACACUGGGAGAGCAAAGCCAGUGCCCCAUUUGGCCUGGUACCUGUCUACAAGUCAGACUCACUGAGACACGUGCUGAAACUGGUGAAAAAAGGUGAUCUGUCAGACCUGCUGCUGGUGACCACGGACGAAGUCGUACUGAUCAGCGGAAAAGAUUUGCAAACACUGUGGAGAUUCAACACCAGUGGCGUCAUCAGUGAACCCUCCUUUGGUCACUUCAACAAGGAUGGGCUACUUGACGUGGUGGUUGAGGAAGACAUUGGAAACGCCACGAAGAGGGUGGUGAUUCUGGAUGGGAAGUCGGGUGGUGUGCUGUGGGAGGUCAGCCUACUGGCCAGUACCAACUCACCCAAACCAGCCUCGGUCCACACCAUCAACUCCAUCUCUGUCUUCAUGUUCUGGGGCCUCAUGCCCUCGGAGGCCAACUCGUCUGUACCGCUGGCGGAGGACCGCCGUUCCUACAUGCUUUAUCCUCACUUUGCUAAAGUUCUCCUGGAGUCUACUAAUGUCGUGGACCAUAUCGUUACAUUUAAAGCCACUUUACUGGAGCGCGGGCGCCACGCCUGCUACAUCCUGUUGACGAACACCGGCAGCGAGAGGUCAGACAGCGCGGUGGUCAUCAGCAAGCGGAAGCUGAAACAGGACGUGCCCACCAGCAGAGUGCUCCGCAUGGGCGGCGGCGGCGGCGAGACAAACGACGACAUUAAAGAGGUCUUCAACCGACUGCGCUUCAGCGACGACUGACACCGAGCGGCAUCGAAGCCCGCCGCACAUCCUAACUGCUGCAACCGAAUAGCUCUAGCUAACUGUAUGGUGGCUGAACUUGACUUUUGACAACCAAACUUGGGACGCUAGCUAUGACCGCCUUACAACCGCUUACAACCAAAUCCUUUUUUUGUUUUACACUUAACCUGGGUUGGCUUGAGUCGGAGGUAUUUCACCAUGAAUCACCAGUGGACGUGCACGCUAGCGGUCCGAGGUGUUCGGUGUGUACCGUGUUGAGGUCAACCUGCCCUAGCGUUGCUGCGGUCUCCUGACAAUCAAACUCCACAGACUGCUGUACUUGUUCUUCCUGCUGAGAAAUCCUUAAGGGGACUUGCUGCGUCGUCCCCUAGCACUUUUAAGCAUCCAUCCAUCCAAUGAGUUUACAGGGUCUUUGGCUGGAUUUUGGUUUUAAGAUUUGUGCAAGUAUAUGUCGCAAAAUGCUUUAAAAGGCAGAAAGGCCACGUCAACAGACGACUUUACUCUUUUCUAUGCAUUUCAAUCUCCAGCGUCCUUAAAGGACGGAUCCGCUCUGUGUUGAAGGGCUCCUGUCUGGCUUUGGUGGGUUUUCUUGUUGACUUGCUUCAGCUGUAUGAAAAUGUAAUGGCUUCAAAACAAAUGGAUGUCAGUUUUAUCAGUACCAAAAAAACAGAGGCCCCAAUUGCCCCUGAUUGAGUUUCUGCCAACUCGUGUUGUAAAUAUUAUUAUUAUUAUUUGUGUGGAAAGGAUUCUAUUAUUACCAACGUAGCCUUAAAGUUUAGAGGUACUGGAGUCGACAAUCGUAUUUAAUCAUGGGUGUUUAUUCGAGGUGAUCUUAAUAAUCCAAGAUGCUGUAACUGGUGAGGCCUUCGACAGACACUGAAAGAACCGCAGACCUGCUUUAAGACCUGCAACAGGAAGUUUAGAUAUUUUACACAGAUGCUGGAUUACUCAUGCAAAGCUCUUUUUAGGGUGUUUAUGCUGUUGAGCAUAUUGACGCCAUUUGGGUUUUUUCUGUCAUUUAAAACAUCGAACCUGUGGAACAGGCCCCUUGUCGGAGCAAACUUGAUUUUCUUUCUCUCUCUCAUUCGAUUUGUUUGAAUUUUAACGAUAAUAAACAUUUUACUUUUA